CGUGCCCUUGGCAAUACCAUUAUAGUUCUAAGCUGACUACAUGUGUAUAUAGGCAUCGGUGAUAUGAGUGAAGCUCGAGAAAACUUGUAUUUGCAAGCCAAAUUGGCCGAGGCAACGGAGCGGUAUGGCGAUAUGGCGGAGUUAAUGAAAGAAAUGGUGCAACUGUGGGGCUUACCAACAGAAGAAGAGCGCAAUUUGCUUUUGGUAUCAUUCAAAAAUCUUGUGGCAAAAAAGAGAUUUGCAUGGAGAGUUCUGAACACAAUAGGCAUAAACUGUAAACAUGAUAAGGAUAACAAAAUAGGGCAUACAUACAGAGAAACUGUUGCUUUGGAACUGAAAGAUAUUUGCAAUGAAGUAACACAAAUGAUUUCUAAUACUUUGCUUGAUCUAUGUAAUUCUGAAGAAAACAUAGAAAAUAAAGUGUUUUAUUUAAAAAUGAAGGCUGACCAUCUGCGCUACAUCACUGAGGUUCUUGUUGAAGAAGAUGAGAAAAAAAGUGUUGUUGAAGAUGCUGAUACAGCGUAUAAAGAAGCAUUAAAAUCUGCUGAAAAAUUGCCGAACAGUCAUCCAAAUAAACUUGGACUCGCUCUUAACUACUCAGUUUUUCAAUAUGAAAUUCUCAAGAAUGUAAAAACAGCCUGUGCACUUGCUAAACAGGGUUUGGAUGAUGCUGUUGAAGAACUUAACAAUCAUAAUGAGAAUGUGUUUAAUGAUUCAGAGCUGAUAAUGCAGCUACUGCAAGAUAAUCUCUCAUUAUGGACACAAGAACAAGAUUCAAAAUCGGAAAGCAAUGAUGAUAAUAAAUCAGAAAACUCAGAUCAGUAGUAUGGUAUAUCGUAUAUAAUUUAAUACACAAAUGUUUAAUACUCAAGAGUUUUCACAAGAUUUUAUGUUCGUUGUAUGUUUUGCAGUUAUGUCCUAUUUCAUUGUCGCAAAUCUUUGUUUUAUUUAUUUUUGUCAUGUAAGUGCAAUAUUGUUAUUUCUACCUAUAAUAAUGCAAUAUUAGUGUUUAUUGUUUAAAUUUAGUAAUGUAUUUUACCUGUAACCUAUGCUGUAUGCUGUAUCAUUGCAAACAAAUUUGCAUGUAGUAUAUUAUUACAACCAAACGGUUCCUCUGUAUCUCUUUUCAAAAAAAAAUUGUAGGUAUAAAACCAAAGUAGUAUGAAUUUAUGAUAUAAAUAAAACAGUAAUUUUGGAUCAA